AUGACAUCUAUGCGCGGGAAGACAAAGCAUAGUUGGAUUGUGAUGCCAACGACGGAAGUGGACGAGAUUGUUUGCUUCUUUGCCCUGAGGUUUAGGUUGGUUGAACACUUGACGUUGGGAGACGUUGAAUUGCUGAGUCAUCUGAGGCCACGAGGCCAGAUAGCGCGUUGCGAGAGCCACAUGACUCCCAACCCCGGACCCGCCAUGUUCAGCCUCUUUCCAGAGAUAAGGAAGGCAGACAAAGAGCGCUUUGGUUUGGGAGAGAAACGAGUCAGCCGUGCGAGAGCCAGGAUCGUGAAAAUGAAAUUUUUGGAACUGAAGGCAGCGAUAAAUUUCUGUCGAGUGCUGCGGUCCGUAACUUCGCCCGACAGGGUCGAGGUGGUGGAAAUUUCUUUCUGCUUUCCUUUGUUUUCCGAUGACUGCAUCCGGGUCAUCGACAUCAAGGUCGACACGGUCGGACCCACCGAGAGGGACAUUCAGUUGGGAGUGAACUAG